GGAGAGAGUGCCUUGUUUACCCAUCUUAUCUGACGGUUUCAUAUUUACACCAAAACACUGCAGUCAAAGUCACACACGCACACACACACACACACACAUGUAAAAGUCAAAAAGAGAAGACAGAAAGAGGGAAAACAUAGUAGAUAACAAUACUGUGCCCAGUAGUGGCUUUUUAAAGGAUUUUGAUAACUAAUCUCUGAAGCAGCUAUGUCUCGGCGGGUGGUCCAGGUCCAGCCGGAGGGCAGGGUUCAUGAGGCUAGUCAGUGGAGCACUGGCCUGUGUGAGUGCCAUAAAGACAUAGGGGAUUUGUUUACCUGUAAAGUGACCAGUGCAGUUGGUGCUUGUCCCUGCCUGCCUCUGCUGGACUGUAUCGGCUGUGUACCACCGGCCUCUCUCGCCAUGAGGGCGUCUGUCAGAGAACGAUAUGGCAUACAGGGGAGUGUGUGGAGCGACUGCCUAUACGGCUGCUGCUGCUAUCCUCUAUCUUGGCUCCAGAUCUCCAGAGAGCUGAAGAGAAGAGCAGCAUCCCACGCCUCCACCUCCUCCUCACCAGCCAGAUACACCGCCCUGACCUCCCUGCAGGGGGCGCACUUGGUCUAGACACAUCCAUUUCUUCUGGCCUGACCCACCACCAGUCCUCCAGAGCACAUGAGUUGAUUUAAUCACACUUCCUCUGGUCUGCAGCCACUCCCUGUUACCUCUGAUAAUUCAGCAGGGACACAAUGUGUCCUGCAGAGAGGAAAGUUCAGUUUGUCCAAAGAUGAAGUGAAAGAACUGUGAUAAAAGUCAUUUUCAUGUUAGCUUGGGUCACCAAUCAUCUUAUUAGAUCAUACUCCUUCAGUGGGGGAAAGUAAGUUCAUUUACUCAAGUACUGUGCUUAAGUACAGUUUUGAGAUGCUUGCACUUUACUCAACAAUUUCUACUACUAUUUACUGAUUACCUUUCAUAUUAAGAUUUUACACAACAAACAAAUAAAGUACAAGUUACUGUUA